AUGCAAAGCCAUCGAUCGUCUCAAGUGUUCAGUGUCUUUUCUGUGACCUUCAACCCAACAGCACGGCCUAAUUCCAGGUUCGGCGUUCAGCCUCACUUGUAUAGUUGCUCGUCCAGUACUCGAAGCCGAGAAGAGCCUCUCACUGACAUCCGUGCGUCUUGCCCUUGGAACCACCGACGCUCUUUGUCAGCACUCUACCACAUCUGGCUCCGCCUCCCGCCCCUUGGUCCACGCUCUCGUCACCAAUCCGCCCGCAACAGUGACGGACGUGAGGCUCGAGACGACACCAGCUGUGUGUCAAUUACCAUGCCACACUCCGAGCAACCUUCGCCGAUGUCGUCCGGCUUGGUGAAGCCGAAGCUAGAAGAGUGUGCUUCACCGAGCUCUUACCUUGGUCUCAACCGGGCCGCGUCUCCUCGAUCGACACCCAAAUCUGUCUCGAUUUCGCACCAUGCUGAGACUAUAUCGCCUCUGAUAUUAGGACAGCGGAAAGAAGAUGAGGAGUCCGAUUUGUCACCGAGAAGGCCAGCGGUCAUCAGCGCGAGGUCCAGGCGGUUGUCUGGCCGUCCCGCCAGCUACGGUAGCCCGGGUCUAAAGCCUUUGACGCCAGCUCUGGACGGCGCUGUUCACUCUGACGAAAGAGAUGCUGCAGACAGCCAACACGAUGGCCACCAUCAUAUCGAUGCUUUGGUGGACCAGGUCUCUAUGUGGAUCAAAGAUCGUCGCGCAAAGCGGAGCAAGCGUAAAGAGAAGCGCAGCGCGCGACGCGAGGCUCGAGGUGCAAAGGCAUCUGAUGGCGAUGUGGACGAGCCAGAGAAGUCGCAGCGACGUGAUUCAGAUGCUUCUGACUCUUCCGUGGACCUGGAGAAUCUGGAACGCAUCAUCGCCUCAAACCUGAGCCUCAGACGUUCAUCGGUUCGCAGGAGCUCGAUCAGCCUGAAGAGCAAGGCUUCAGUAAGGCGACUACUCCGGAAGCAGUCCACAGUGUCCGAUUCUGAAGAAGUCGAUGUAUCUGUCCCGGGUUGCGAUGCAUUCCUCGACAACUCGAAGACGCUAGCAUACACGGGUGGUGCCUCUGAUCUUUCCGACAACGAUGGCGACGAGCUUAGACAAGUGCCCUCGUAUCGUGACUUCGACGCGUGGGCGAAGUUCAAGUUCGACAUCGUGCGCAUCAUCCAUACUUUGCGGCUCAAGGGAUGGCGCAAGGUAGCGCUGGAAAUGAGCAGUGCCAUUGCUGUCAAGCGUUUGAGCGGCGCACUAACCAAUGCAGUCUAUGUCGUGUCACCGCCGGCCGAUCUGUCCCUAGAGAAAUAUGACGAGUCUGGAAAAGUAGUUGGAGUCAGCAAAGCUCCGCCCAAGCUUCUACUGCGAGUCUAUGGUCCACAAGUCGAGCAUCUUAUCGACCGUGAGGCCGAGCUCGCGAUCCUGCAACGUCUUGCGAGAAAGCAGAUCGGUCCGCGACUUCUGGGAACGUUCGUGAACGGCCGCUUCGAAGAAUACCUGCACGCCCAGCCACUCACUCCAAAAGAGCUGCGAGACCCAGCUACAAGCCGCCAGAUCGCUAAACGUAUGCGAGAGUUGCACGAAGGCAUUGAGCUUCUCGACCAAGAACGCAGUGAUGGGGCCUUUGUUUGGCGCAAUUGGGACAAGUGGUUCCAGAGAGUAGAGCACAUUGUGACGCGGAUGGACAAUCAGAUCAAAGCUCUUCCCGAAGACGCCAAGCCGACUGGUCAGCAAGCUUGGAUGCGUCGUGGUUACAUCUGCGGCGUCCCUUGGGCUCAAUUCAGAGAGAUCGUCGAGAAGUACCGCAUGUGGCUUAAAGCUCAGUAUGGCGGCUCCAAAGAAGUCCGAGAUCAGCUGGUGUUUGCACACAACGACACCCAAUACGGAAACAUACUCCGCAUGACGCCCUCUGGAGAGUCACCACUCCUCUUGCCUGCCAACACGCACAAGCAGCUGGUCGUCAUCGAUUUCGAAUAUGCGAACGCCAACACCCGAGGACUGGAGUUUGCAAACCACUUCACAGAGUGGUGCUACAACUACCACGAUGAGCGGAAGCCAUAUGCUUUCAACUCGUCAUGGUACCCAACCCCAGAAGAGCAGGAUCGCUUCCUUCGUGCGUAUGUAAGACACCGGCCACAAGACGGAUUGAGUACUCCACAGACAGGUCCUUCCACGCCCAGCUCAGAGGUAUCAACGCCACCUGUGAAGAGAGCUACUAGUAGUAUCUCUGACUUCAUGCUUGACGCCAGACACCCGCAGAGCGCUCGGCCAAACGCCGCGAAGGAGGAAGAAGCCGCAAAGGCAGCAGAGGAUCUCGAGAUCGGUCGUCUCGCCAAUGAGACGCGAAUCUGGCGGCUUGCGAACACAGCGCAGUGGGUGGCUUGGGGUCUCGUGCAGGCCAAAGUGCCAGGCAUGCCUGACUUUGAUCCAGAUUCGCCAACUUCUGAGCUGACAAGUGAUACCGAGCCAGAAGAGCUGCUUGGAGAGCGAGCUGAAGAGUAUAGGCAAUUGGCUAAGGAGCAGGCAGGCGAGGACGAAGAAGAGGACGAAGAGUUCGACUACCUCGGGUAUGCCCAGCACCGAGCACUCUUCUUCUGGGGAGAUGCUGUCCAGAUGGGCUUCGUGAAGGCAGAGGACUUGCCCGAGGAGACCAGAUCCAAGCUUAAGACUGUGCCAUACUAG